CGGAAGGCGGGCCCAACUGCGUCCGGUGCAGCCGGCGGCGGCGGCGACUCGCUUGGUAGGAAGAAUGGAGUUAUUUCAUAAUGUUAUAAAUUUAUUAACCACAUCCUUGAGGCAACAUGAUAGAUCCUGUUGAAAACAAUUUCUUUGGUCUUCCUGAAUAUGAACACAGCCGGGACGAGACCUUUCAGCCUCUCCCACCUCCAGGCUCUCCAGGGUCAGCUGAAGAUGCCUUACUCAGUGGAGAUCCAGAGGGAGAUCAAUUGCCACAAAGCAAGAAUUCUUCUGUGACUGCAAGAAGAGCUGUUAAAAGAACAAUACCUAAAUUAGAUGCUCAAAGAUUAAUUUCAGAGCGAGGACUUCCAGCUUUGUGCAAUUUGUUCGACAACGUAAAAUUCAAAGGUAAAGGUCACGAGGAAGCUGACCUGAAGACGCUGAUGAGGCACAUGGAACAUUGGGCUCACCGUCUCUUCCCUCAACUUCAGUUUGAAAAGGUGGUGGACAAAAUAGAGAGCUUAGGGAAUAAAAAACCUGUUCAGGUCUGCUUAAAGAAAAUUCGACUGGAUCUGCCUCUUUUGAAUGAAGACUUCAGAAGUAAUGAAGGUGAAGAUGAGAACCACAGACUAAGCCCAGCCGCUGAGGAAUCCGUUUUCCUUCCCGAAACGCAGAAUACACAAAAUAAGUCUGGUUCUCCAUCUUUAAGUCCUGCCCUGACUGAGGAGCAACAGCAGAGAAUCGAAUGGAACAGACAAAGAGCCCUGGAAAGAAGACAAGCAAAAAACCAGCUCAGUCAAUCUCAGAACGACGAGUUGCCUACAAAUGAAGAAUAUGGCACCAUUACAGCUCAGGAAAAGGAUGAUAUCUGCAUAGACAAAGCUGGUGUCCCUUUUCAAGCCACCGAGAACAUUGAAUUCAGGACAAUUUCUUUCUUGAGAUUUCUGCCCUUGCUUCCCAGGGCAUUGUCACAUCCACGGCCUUUCCUUACCCAUCUUCAAGAUGUCUCACCUUGGCACAAAGACGAGCACCCCGUUGGUUCGAAUUGAAUAGAUCACUCCAUCCGCUGAGCACUGCUCUUCCCU